AUGCUUUUGAUUAGGUUCCGAAAAGUUGAGAUAUCCUUUGGUGGGGGGAGUGGGGGAUCUUUUCUUAUCUAUCGAAAUCACGGGUCGAGACCCGAUCGCGAUGUGCAGGAAAACACUUCCUUAAUGGAAGUACGUUUUUUGAGCCAGCCAAGUUAUAAAAGCGAAAACUGCGCGGUACGCAAUCCUACACAUGGAAGGCGAGGAACGAAACCAGAACUAAUCAUGGCAUAUCCUUACACGUUUACCGCUCGAUCAGAUAAAACAGAAUUGGUAAAGACCUACCUUCACAAAGAGCUUAGCAAUUUACCAACACCCUCACUAAUUGUCGACAGAAGUGUUUUCAAAGGCAAUUGUGAAAAAAUGCUUCUUAAUGCGAGUCUCAUUAACGCUGAUUUUCGUGCACAUGUAAAGACUCAUAAAACGAUGGAGGGGACAUUACUUCAAUUGGGCUCGAAGAAUUUAACAACUAAAAAGAUUGUCGUCUCGACGUUGAUGGAAGCUUGGGGCUUACUACCACUCAUUGAAAAGGGUCUGAUUGACGAUGUUCUUUUCAGCUUACCUGUGCUAAAAAGUAGACUCCCAGAACUGGCUGAACUUAGCACUCACGUUACCCAUUUAAGAUUGAUGCUCGAUAAUAAAGACCAGCUGGACGUUCUUUCAGAAUUCAGCAAAAAGAAUAAAAUUGACAAGAAAUGGUCAGUGUUCAUUAAAAUUAAUAUGGGCACAAACAGGGCAGGGUUUGAAGAUGAUGCGUUCUUGGAUGAAACUCUUGAAUAUUUACUGACGACGUCAAUUAAAGACCAAGUUUCAUUGUAUGGAUUCUAUUGCCAUGCGGGCCACUCAUACUCUUCAUCAAACGUAAAUCAAGCAAAAUCAUUUCUCUUAGAUGAAAUUACUAGCGGUAACUCUGCUUGUGAGAAGGCACUCAAAAUCGAUUCGUCUUUAAAACUUCAGCUUUCAGUUGGGGCAACGCCAACUGCCCAUGCCUCGAAGGUGGUCGACUUAUCCACUUUGGGACAGUUAUAUGGCAAAUUAGAGCUUCACGCGGGAAAUUAUCCGUUUUGCGAUCUCCAGCAAAUGAGCACUGGUUGUAUCGGCCCCGAACAGGUUUCCUGUAAGGUUCUUGCGGAAGUAAUCUCCUCAUAUCCAGGGAGAGGUACAAAAUUGCCUGGCGAACAGCUGAUUAACGCUGGGGUGAUUGCUCUGGCUCGAGAAUUUGGUCCUUUGCCUGGGCAUGGUCGGAUAUAUUCCCCGAAGGGAUAUGAAAACUGGAUAGUUGGUAGAUUAAGUCAAGAGCAUGGCAUUUUGACACCCCUCGAAGAAAAGGCAACAGAAUUGAUACCACUCGGUACUAAGGUUAAAAUUGUCCCGCAGCAUAGUUGCAUUACUGCUGCUUCUUAUCCGUGGUACUUUGUGGUUGAUAACGGAAACACCGUGGUUGACAUUUGGGUUCCUUGGAGAGGAUGGUGA